UGUAUGUGUAAUGUCACUUAAUUAAUUUAGGUGACAAAAAUUGUUCUUCUUUGUGGAACUAUUUCAGCAUUCUUUUGUGUGCUGACAAAAGGGGUAGCUGACUUGACAGAGCAGAUGCCCAAAUUUAGAGAAGGAUGUAGCUGGGUUCACUUCAGUAUGCUGAUUAUCUACUGCAGUUUCCUGCCCAGAUGCACAGGGAGGAAGUGUAACUCAAAUGUUAUCAUAGUAUUUUGGGCAGUGCAUAGAGGGGCUGUGUCCUGACACAACUGCUGGAAUAAGCACCCUGAUCAAUCAUCAUCCUGAAACCCCAGCUUUACAAGCUCUUGACAAGAGGACAAUAAACAAAAGACAGCAAUGGAAAACCUGGAUCUUGAGAAGGGACUUACCAUUGAUGAAAUGACAGCCCUAUGCAUCGGAAAUUUUGAUUCAAAUGGAAGCCCUAAGGAUCGCGAAAUGGUUCAAAUGUUUCUUAUGAUGCAUCCCUGGUAUAUCCCAUCUGGAGACCUAGCUAAGAAACUUUUUACUCUUUCAGAUGCUGGUAAUAAUACAGAACGGGAAAGAAUUUGCCAUCUUGUGAGAUUCUGGAUAGCUGAAUACCCAGCUGAAUUUGAUCUGAAUCCUGAGCUGGGAGAUCAAAUUAGAGACCUGAAGAGAGCACUGGAAAACAAAGGAAAUCGCAGAGAGAGCAGCCUGAUAGACAUUGAGAGCGUCCCAUCUUUUGGCUGGAAGAGACAAGUGACAGAACGAAGGCAAACUGGGGGCAGAAUAAGAAAGACAUCUCUUCUAUUUGAUCACCUGGACCCAGCUGAACUUGCAGAACAUCUAACACAUUUGGAAUUUCACUCAUUCUCAAAGAUUUUGUUUCAGGAUUAUCAUAGCUUUGUCCUGCAUGGUUGUACUGUGGGAAACCCUGUCUUGGAAAGAUUCAUAGCCCUCUUUAAUGGUGUUUCUCAGUGGAUCCAGCUUAUGGUGCUCAGCAAACCUACUCCACAACAAAGGGCAGCUGUCAUUAAGCAGUUUGUACAAGUAGCAGAGAAACUUCUAGAGCUACAAAACUUUAACACCCUUAUGUCUGUUGUUGGCGGCCUCAGCCAUAGCUCUAUCUCCCGCCUAAAAGAAACACAGACCCAUGUUGGUGCAGAGACUAUCAAGGUCUAUGAUUCUCUUUUGGACCUCCUUACAUCUUCGGAUAACUAUGCAAGAUACCGACGCAGGCUUGCGCUUUGUGAAGGCUUUCGUUUUCCAGCCCUGGGAGUUCACCUAAAAGACCUCAUGGCUCUGCAUGUGGCUCUGCCUGACUGGUCUAACAAAACCAGAGGUGUCAUAAAUAUCUCUAAAAUGCGCCAGGUCUAUAAGGUUGUUCAAGAACUGACUGAAGCCCAGAGAUUAGAACCUCCCGUGAAAGCCAACUCUGACCUUCUCAACUUGCUAACGGUAUCUCUAGACCAGUAUCGUUCAGAGGAUGAGAUAUACCAACUAUCUCUGCAAAGAGAACCAAGAACAAGGUCACCGAAAAUACCCAUUAAGUCACCAGCUUCCCCUUCACAUCCUAUGGAAGAAUGGGCUUUGGUCAAAGCAAAACCUGAUGAAUCUUUGUUAUGUCAGCACAUAGAGAAAAUGGUGGAGGCUUAUCACUGGCCUACACCAUGGCAAAGGCUGUAG